AUGGAUUUGGGAAAUUGUUCUACAGAAUUUCUGCUUCUUGGAUUUCGGAACCUGAGUAACUAUAAAGUUCCACUUUUUAUUAUGUUUUUCGUAUUUUAUAUUGCAAUAUUGAUUGGAAAUCUGUUGAUCAUUACAUUGGUUUCAAUUUCCCAUUCCUUAAAUUCUCCUAUGUACUAUUUUCUUGCCCAUCUUGCUUGUUCAGACAUUUCUAUCUCCACCAUAGUAAUACCUAAAAUGUUAUUUGUUGUAUUAAAAGAUAGAGAAACAAUAACAUUUAUUGGAUGCAUCAGUCAACUUUACUUGUUUGGUUCUUCUGCUAUUACAGAGUGUUUCCUUCUUACCGUUAUGUCUUAUGACCGUUACCUGGCCAUAUGUAAACCAUUGCAUUACAUUACCAUAAUGGACAUCAGUCUACGUCGACACCUAACCGCUUGGUCAUGGAUGUUGGCUUUCAUACUAACACUUAUUACCGUACCUCAAAUAUAUCAACUCCAAUUCUGUGGUCCUAAUAUAAUUGACCAUUUUGUCUGUGAUCCUGCACCAUUGCUUGAACUUUCAUGCUCAGAUACCUCUUUUAUUGAGCUGCAAAAUCUCAUCCUUGGUCUGCCAGUAACAUUUUUACCAUUUGGUUUUAUUGUUACAACUUAUGUCUGUAUCUUCCUCAGCAUCCUCAAAAUCACCAGUACUUUUGGAAGACAGAAAGCCUUCUCUACUUGUAGCUCACACCUGUCAAUAGUAUGCAUUUACUAUGUGACACUAGUUACCCUCUAUGUAUUACCAUCUAAAGGACAUUCAUAUAAUUUGACAAAAAUUCAGUUCCUGCUAUAUACGAUGGUGACGCCUUUAAUUAAUCCCCUAAUUUACAGCUUGAGAAAUCAAGAUGUUAGGACAGUCCUGAAAAUUGUAUUUUGUCAAAAGAAACACUACAAGGGACAUUAA